AUGGCGACCAAACAACCUGAACAGCUUUCUGCUGCUGCUACUCCUGAGCCACCCAAUGGGGGUCUGGCGGCCUGGGCGGGCGUGUUUGCUUCCUUUCGUCUCAGCGCCCCGUCUCGUAUCGCAUGGGUGGGCACCAUCCAGGCCUUCUGCCUCGUCUCCACGGGGGUUAUUGCCGGGCCCCUGUUCGACCGGGGAUACCUGCAUCAUCGGAUGAUCGCUGGUUGUUUCUUGACUACCUUAGGGUUGAUGAUGCUGAGCCUGUCCACUGAGUACUACCAAAUCUUUCUCUCGCAGGGGAUCUACAGUGGCUUGGGCAGUGGGUUGAUUUAUGUUCCUGCCCUGUCGCUCGUUUCCACCUUUUUCACUACGCGCCGUGGCCUUGCGGCCCCGCUCCGCCAGAUCAUCCACUGGCAUGCGAUGAAGGAGUGGCACUUUAACGCCUACGGGAUCGCCAAUUUCCUCAUCUUCAUGGCAUAUUUCAUCCCGAUCUUCUACGUGCCGACCUUCGCCCAGACGGCCCUGCACGCAUCCACGGCACUAAGCUUCUACAUGGUGUUGAUCCUUAACGCUGGCUCGGCCAUCGGCCGCAUUGGGUCGUCCCUGCUGACCUAUUGUCUCGGAGCAAGCCACAUUCUCCUGGUCAGCGUUAUUGCCUCGGCUGUGCUCCUCUUCGGAUGGACGGGUAUCCACUCGGCUGCCAGCUUUGUGGUCUUCUGUGUUUUCUUUGGGAUAUUCUCCGGAGUGUUGAUCUCGGCCAAUCCGCGGGCCAUCGCUCACCCGAUUGUCUCGCCGACCCUCGGUCAUUGGCACCCGCAUGGGCAUGCAGUGGUUUGCUACCAGUCUCGGCGUGCUGAUCGGAGCACCAAUUGGGGGAAUCCUCGAAGGCCACGGAGGAAGCGAUGGCUUUUUAGGGCUGCAGCUGUUCAGUGCAGUGGGGAUGAUUGUGGGUGCAGUCUUUCUACUGGUCCCGACGAUGGCGAUUUGGCGAUAUGA